AUGAGCGCUGCUACCGGGGUCUAUCAAUCAUUGGAUAAACUUGCGGAGUUCCUUGGAUUCGAUACAGUGCAAGCACUCCAGUUAUGGAUGCGGGGGAAGUUAUGCAAGCCAUACUGGGAUGAAUACACGCGUGGAUGUACUGGAGUUGAGUUAUCCAAGGGUAAAAAGGCAAGGCUGGUAGACUGCCACUCAGUACUGAAGCAUCUUGCCGAAGGCGAAGCUCAAGGAAACCGGAAAUUUUCCAGCGACUUUCCAGAUACACGUAAUUGGAAGUUCAUAGACUGGCAGGCAAGACUGCUCUUCAAGAUACGAUCUGUGAAUCAAGCAGAUAGACAUGGCAUCUUCUAUGGCAAGAAUAUGAAUGAGAUUGAGAUGGCUACCAGAGCCUGGCAAGUGAUUUUACGGCUGAACUUGGAUGCAUCUCGUGAAAACAGGCCAAAUAAAAGGGUGAAGGCAGCGGGGGAAUUUGACCACUGGCGAACCGGAGACGAUGAAGCUAUCCCUAUGCCAGUUAACCCUGACGGCGGAGCCGCUUGUGUCGUAUGGACCGAUAUUCCGACAGAGAUGGAAGGGAACGGCCAGAAAACAACGAUUACUCUAACCGGGCUGGUCCACUACACCUACGAACAAUUCCUUAAAAAAAUCUGCAGUGAACUGCAGUUGAAAGAGUGUGGAUAUGAAAUCGACCAAUUAUCUGUUGCUGGUGACCCCAUCUGCAGCGAUUCCUUCAAGGAAUUUUUGAAACUUGCUGCUGGUUUGAAGAGAAAGGUGCUGGUUGAUUUGGCUACCAAGAAUUGUCCUGCAGAACUAGAUAUACCCACGAUCGAAAACGAAGAAGAUACUUCAAGGAAGCUCUUAUUCGACAUCAUGGUUGCCGAAAAGGUGACCUCAGGAUUUGACUUGAAAAACCGCUUCUGCAAAUGGUCCUUGAUACAAGAGUGGUUACAUACAUCCAAAGACUCAGACGGUGUCCAGGGAGAAGCUGGAGAUGGACUCAUACUGUGUGAGCCAACAAGCGAGGACCUUCAACGGUACCGUGAGCAGGAAAAGUGGAUUGACAACAAAGAUCUGCAGCGUCAGGGCCAUCCUGAAGCUUGUAAAGCCCUUGGGAUCCCAAACCCGGAUAUACCUCGUUUACCAGGAAUGCUGGUCAGCGCCAAGUUCGAGUUUUGGCAGCCUCUGGCUAUAAAAGCCAUCAAAGAAUUUGAAGAAGGCUAUCUCCGUGGAGGUAUUCUAGCCGAUGAUGUAGGAAUAGGGAAGACUUUUGAGGCUAUCGGUUUGGAACAAUACCAUUGGAACCUGAGAAAGGCUGCUCUGGAGUCAAACCUAGAGGUAGCUGCUCCUCGGCCAACUCUUAUUGUCGUCCCACCAAAUUUAAUCCAUCAGUGGGCUUCGGCAAUCAAAGCCAUAUCAUCAGACCUAGUCGUGAAAAUAUACUACGGGGGAAAACAUCAAACUAGCGCAGAUGGAACAGAGUAUCUAACAGAUAUACUCUCUAAAGACAGUGAAGUAUUCUCUCAGACCGAGGAAGCUGCACGAACGACUAUCAUCACCUCGCUUCGCACCUUGACUUCACGGCAUGGCCCCUCUGUCUUGAGAAAAGUAAUUCGAAAUGAAAUCUGGGAAAAAGAUGAGUCUACCCCUUAUGCUUCUGUCAUGGAGGCUGUGAAUGAUAGAAUGAAAGGGAUGAAGAGCGCUCCCGCGUGGUGGCGUCAUAAUCUGAAAGGGCUUUUUAAAAGAGUGAUCGUGGAUGAAGCUCACGAAAUAAGGAAAAAAAAAAUCUUUACAGCAGUCACUUUACGCUGGUUGGAGGCUCCAUCGGUUUUAUUGCUUACCGCAACCCCCAUUUGGAAUGACCUCUCGGACAUUCUUGGACUUCUCUACCAGUUGGAGCCGCAUAAGGAUCCCUGGUCAAAGGAGUCCUUGGAAAAACUCGGUGUAUUUGCUACUGACGCGUGGAAUACCACGGCCAGUAGUGAAGAGUUUGAUCCCUGGGAUAUCAAAUCCGACGAACCGGCUUCUUGUCUUCGAUAUACCUCGGAAUCUGUUGAAUAUCAUAUAAUCAAAGGAGACAUUUCUUUAGUCACUAAAGGUGAGAGAAUGAGGGAGGUCCUAAAAGCAUGUAUGAUCAAGAGAUCAUACGGGUCUUUAGUUGAUGGCCAGGUUGUGGGCAAGGCUCUGCCAGCCGUUCAGAAUAUAUCCGUCAACCUUGCGUUCACCCCGGAAGAACAAAAAAUAUAUGAAGGAGUAUUUGGUGACUGUAUGGCACCAGCUCGCAGGGGUCGACGGGGCAAGAACGAUGCUAGAGGUAUUAUAAGUGCCUCAAAAUUCAGAAGGCUUUGUCUAGUCACAUCUUGGACAGAGUUUGAUCACAUUGCACCCUCAUAUACAGCAAAGAAGUUAAAUGACCGUCGAAAAAAUGGAGUAUUGCAUGCACAUACGAUCUUGAGGGAUAUUAACAACGCAAAACGACAGAGGCCUUAUCAUAUAGCAGAGCCGCCUGAAAGCCUGGCUGAAACCCAGAUAUAUCCCCUGCCUUCAGAAGAUAAUAUCAGGGAGAUACUGCAGAGCCACUGCCGUGGUUCACCAAAACUACGAUAUCUUCUACAGCUAAUAGCAGAGUUGGUAAUUCUACGAAAGGAAAAGUUGCUGAUAUUCGCUACCAUGCCUGCUCAAGUCCUUUGGUUAGAGAGUGUAUGGAUCAUUCAUGUCUUCUAUUUUGCCGGCAAUCCGCUAAUGUUACUCUUCAGGUCUUACAGCUCCUUGACCUAG